GCUGAAAUUCAUAUUCUCUCUCAUAUUCAAUGGAAAGUCUGUUCACGCAAGGUCGAGCCGGCGUCCAAGUGUUCCGACGUGCCCAAACCGAAUAAUCCGCCCCGGUCUCGACGAUAUUCGACGUCGCCGCCUGCGCAGAGAGCCUUGUGGGCGCCCUCGACCACCCUGACUUGGCCACUCCCUUUACCACAGCCAUCCCCCCCUCGAAGAACCCGAGCUACAGCCAUCUCGCAACCAGAGCCGGCAUGAGCAACAGCAACAGCGCCCAAAAUGGCGGCGGCUGCGGCUGCGGCGGCGGCGACGACGACGACAGCGUUGUCAACUGGGCCGCCCUCGUCAUCUCGCUCGUGGCUCUCCUGGGCACCGCCGCACAGGUUCUCCAGCAAUACAUCGCCUCGGCCGCCGGGUACGCAAACUGCGGCGAGAACGUCAUGGGCAAGUGGCACGAGUCCAAAAAGCGCAAGUUCCGACCGACAGAGCUGCGCUUCGAGGUCCGCUUCCAGACCCCCGUCAUCUUCGUUUGCCCGACCAAUAACCUGCGAGGGCCCAUCAUGGGCCAGCCGAUAUGCUUUGUGGACGGCACGAAGGAGAGCCUGGUGAAGACGCGUGCAAUGCUGGCCAACGACGAAGAGAGGCAACGCCGGUCACAGGAGAGCAGGGUGCAUACGGCCGACAACGAACGGGCCUCGUGGGUCGUCCUGCUCUCGCACCUGCAGACUAUGGAAAAUGAGAGCGCCGAGUGGCAGAAGGAGCACUACAAGCUGAACUGGCCGUACAGGCCGUCUCCCGUCACCUUCCAGCAGCACACCCUGGCCGUCGCCCUGCAGCCCAAGGAGCGAAGUUGGGACACCAUGCCGGCCGGCGUCAAGAAGCCCUACGCCACCACCACCAUAUGCCACCUGCUCGAGAUCGCCGCCAUGAUGGGGAUAUACUGGAAGGAGUUUGACCGCUCUCGGGACCGCUACCGCGCCGAGGGCAACGGCUACCUCCUGACCGGCGUCAACGUUCCCGAUCUCGGCGUCAUGUUCACCCUCCAGGUCACGGGCAAGAGCAAGUUCCGCGAGAACAGGGUGAUCCCCGUCGACGAGGUCAAGGAGCUCUGCUGCGGCUUCGUCUCCACCCUCUUCCGCGAGAGCAAGGACCCCCGCAGGAUCGAAUUCCCCAACGAGGACACAAACGACAUGGGCUUUCUGCAGCUCGGCAGCAUGGACGAGAUCGCCGAGACCAUGGUCCAGAUCCAGUGCAACACCGACACGGCCAACUAUUUCCGGUCGAGAGAAGCCAAGCAUCGUCAUUUAUUCCCAGUCCCCUUUGAGCUCUUGGGCAUGCUCGGCAAGACGCUGCACAUCCGCGACAGCGGCUUUCGCAUGCUGCCGAACCCGACGCCGUAUCGCUGGGACAAGAAGUUCUUCAACCUACGCCGCCUGGUCAAGGAAUACCGUAACAGGAUCUCGGAUACGGACGCCCUAGACCUCCCCCCCAACGCGCAGAUCCAGAAACUGGAGACAGUCGCCAAGGAGCUGGUCGACGCCCUGAGCGAGGACAUGAAGUCCAAGACGCCGGGUAAUUCGCUGCCCCUGCUCAGCAAGCUGCACGAGGUUCUCGACCAGUGCGAUGACUUUCUCAAGAAGUGCGACCGAGACCUCGUCCGCAUGGUCCUCCGCGAGCACUUUCAGGAAGUAAUGCGCCUGAUCAACGAAAAGAGCACCGCCGAGAGCGGUCACGACAUCAGGAGCGUCAACGGCGGCGGCGGCGACAAGCGGAGGGCCGAGCACUUCGACGAGCUCACAGCCGCCAACCCCGAGCAGCGCCAGGAGGCCUUCAUGGAACUCUACUUCUUCAAGGUGCUCCGCCAUGUCAAGACCGAGGCCGUCAAGUGGUACUGCCGCCGUCGGCAGACCACGCAAUACGCCCCCUCGAUGCAUUCCCGGGAGCCCUCGGUCAAGGACAUCGACAGCGAUAGCGGCGCGAAGGGGUGCACAGCUUCAGCGCCGUCCGCCAGGCCCACAACCACCACCCCCGCGUCGUCGCCGCCCCCCGGCCCCACGACUCCUCCGGUGCCCCGUUUACAGAAGCAAGAGAGCGGCCAGCAGAGGGAUAAACUUCAGGUCACGAUCCAAGUUUCGAGUGGCCCCGGUCCUAAUUCAGACGACGGGAAUAACAUCCCCCUCAUGGAGUCGAAGGCCGCGGCGAUCUGGUGCACCCUGGUGCUGCGCAUGCUGUGCUGGCUGCUGCUACACGAUUUCGACAAGAAGGACGUGCAGGAGUUCCCUAAGAGCGAACUUCUCGGCAGCCGUCUGCCGGUUUAUAUUGCUUAGCCCGGUGUGUGUUGUUUAGCGCCUGUAGCAUCGCAGCUGGAGGUUGGCAUAUGGCUCGGCGUCGACAAGUGUCGUCUUUUAUUUUAUUUUUAUUUUUUCAUUUUUAUUUCUAUUUUUUGGGCUGGUUGGAUAGUUCAACUUGGAAUGGUCACAGAUGGAGGAUGGAUUGAGUGUGCUUAGCUGGAUACCCUUCUUUUUUUCUUCCUUGUUUAUUAGUCUUUGCUUCGAUGAAGAUAGCAGCAUCGGGCAGGAGCGGUGGCGUCCAACGCAGUAUGUCUACCUAAAAAGAUCUGAUUCAUGAUUCCAGUUCGAGCUCGACCCCUUUUUCCCUCCAAGGAAUGGCGGUUUCCGGUCCUGACAUCCCAACCGACAGUUCAAGAUAUGGUAGAAGCCGCUAAAG